AUGGCCAACCUAUCCUAUGGUCGCGGCGGAGCAGGCAACAUGGCGCCUGCCUCGCCCAACCUCCAGCCCGCCGACCUCAAGACCCCAACCAUCAAGUCCCAGACGUACACUACCGGCAGAGGCGGUCAGGGUAACAUGCAGCCCAAUGUGCACCCAGACAUCACACGCCAGACCCAAGACGUCGAGGCGCACCCUCGCGCCGGUCGCGAACCCGAGAAGAACUUCCAAUGGGGCAGAGGUGGUGCAGGCAACACGGCCUCCCUGAGCAAGGAUCAGAUCGUCGACAUCAAGGAGAGAAACGCUUCCAGACAGCGUGCCGAGGAAGCUGCUGCCCGCGCCGAUGCUGCUGCUGCUUCUGGCGAGUCCAUGGACCAGAAGCCCAAGAAAGAGACCAGGGCAAAUGCUAUGGGCCACAUGCUCCAGCGCGUUAUGAGCGGCAACGGCAAGGGCCAGCAGCAAAACUAA